AAAAGACAUUGAAAAUAACACCCAUUUUGUUCAAAGGAAAAAAAAACACCCCAAAACAACCGACCCUCCUUUGUUCCUCCACCACCGAACACCCACCACCGCCCACCUUUCACUGCGCCCCACCUUUAUUAUCUUAUACUACGCAUACCCUUUUCUUCGAUCAUCAUAUAUCGUUCUUUUGAUUCCUUGUUUCACGGCUUUGUGGGAGGUUUUUUGAGUAUCUUUUGGAAGAAAAAAAAAGUAGCUCAGAUCACAUCGUCGUAUUGCUGAAUUUGGAGUUUUACGGUGGUGUGGGAUUCUGGGUUUUUUUGUACUUUUUGUUCUUUUAUGAUGAGAUAUGUCUGAUGCUCCGGGGAUUGAUGAAUCUUCUCUCGCUCUGCUGGAAGCCAUUCGGGCAUGAGAAGGGAAAUCAAAAGACCAACGGCGUUCUUGGCGGCGACGGAGGAAGUGGUGAUGGGUCUAAGGAAGGUAAAGAUGGGUUGCUUUGGUAUCGAGAUAUAUUGAGAUAUGGGUCCGGGGAUUUUUCCAUGGCCGUGAUCCAAGCGAACCAGGUGCUCGAGGACCAGAGCCAGAUCGAGUCCGGCCAGUACGGUACUUUCGUCGGGAUCUACGAUGGGCACGGUGGACCCGAGACGGCUCGUUACGUUUGCGAUCACCUGUUCAAGCACUUUCGAGCAAUAGCAGCCGAGUCGCAGGGAGUUGUGACAUCCGAGACCAUUCAAAGAGCUUUUCGUCAAACGGAAGAAGGGUUCACCGCCCUUGUGUCAGAGUCAUGGAGUACUCGGCCGAACAUGGCAACGGUCGGGACAUGCUGUCUGGUUGGAGUAAUACAUCAGCAAACUCUUUUCAUUGCAAAUCUUGGUGAUUCACGUGUUGUGCUGGGCAAGAAGGUUGGCAACACUGGAGGAAUGGCUGCUAUGCAGUUGUCAACCGAACACAAUGCAAAUAUGGCUGCUAUAAGGCAGGAACUUAAGGAAUUACACCCACAUGAUCCGCAAAUCGUUGUUCUCAAACAUGGAGUCUGGAGAGUAAAGGGCAUCAUUCAGGUUUCUAGAUCUAUAGGUGAUGUUUAUAUGAAACAUGCGCGGUAUAACAGGGAACCAAUUAACGGAAAAUUCAGACUUCCCGAACCAAUGCACAUGCCUAUAUUGAGUGCUAUUCCGACUAUUAUUUCUCAUGCUCUCCAACCAAAUGAUUCUUUCCUUAUAUUUGCAUCCGAUGGUCUUUGGGAACACUUGAGUAAUGAAAAAGCUGUGGAUAUUGUCCACAAUCAUCCUCGUGCAGGGAGUGCCAAAAGGCUGGUCAAAGCCGCCUUACAAGAAGCAGCUAGAAAACGAGAAAUGAGAUAUUCGGAUCUUCGAAAGAUCGACAAGAAGGUCCGACGCCAUUUUCACGACGAUAUAACCGUUAUUGUGUUAUUUAAUCACGAUCUUAUAUCCAGAGGUUCGGUCCAAGAUCCUCUAGUAUCCAUUAGAAGUGCACUAGAACACAGGUAAAUUAUUCACGAACCAGAUAGAUUCAUGCUUCCCACUUAAACCGGUUUUCGGCCGAAACACCCGGGAAAAAAACUGCAAUACCGACAUGAAGACAUUUCACGGUGCACUGCUCGGAAUAGCGAUAUAGAGAGCUGUUGUUUUAAGAGGAUUCAUGUAAAAUGUUUU